AUGCCUACACGGAACGACAUUGCAUAUAGUGUUUGUGCGGCUUAUGCGGUCUGGCACUCUGUCGACGCACCGGUAGUUCCUUGCAUGCUCAAAGGGAUUGCCAUUGUACGACAUGUUUGCUGGUUGUCUAUGACGACCGCACAUACAAGGUCAAAAGACGGCAAUACAAGUAGACGCAUACAGCAGACAAACUCGAGCACGCAAGUAAGAGCCAGAGUAAAUGAUCCAACGCAUCGCCGAUCAAAGCGAACACGCGAUAGCUGCGAUCGUCGAACGCAAAAGUACAGGGUAGGUGUAUGGGCCAUAAUUGAGCUGGUCGGCCUUCCACCAAGUGCCACAUUCGAGUGGACCAAAAAUUCUUCACAUUUACAACAGCACCAGCUUCACAGCGAGCCCAGACCGAAAUUUACACCAAUAGAAGUGUCGCUCCAGGAGUCAUCCAAAGUAUAUGCACAAAUGUCAGAGAAGAAUAUCGAACUCGGAUUUUCAUCUGGUUACCUCCAGCGGCUCACACAGGAGUUGUCGGAGGAUCUGGACAAAGUCCGUAACGCGGAUGAUUUCAAGGCCGAGUCUGUACCGUUUUUGGUUCAUGCACUGGCGCAGGGUAGCCUUCAAUUCUCCAAGAAUGAUAAGAAGCGAAUAGUGCAGGCCAUGGAAGAGCAGAUAGAGGAUGAGCAGACAAAGGAUAAGCAAACAAAGCGAUGA